AGCAGCAAAGCGGAACUAGUUUAUAUUGUGGCAGAUAGUCAUUUGCUUUAAUGUAUGUAGCUAUAUAUGAAACGUCUGUUUUGUUUUUUGCUAGAAGAUAUCAGUUGUCACAACAGUAAUAAGAGCUGUUAAAUACUAAUCAAAAUGUACAAACCGAAAUUUAGUUUGGAGACAGACAGCGAUCAAUGAGUUAAAGCGAUCAAUGGAGUUAAACUAUACGGUUCGUUUACAUUAAAAUCUACAAAUAGGCGGUAAAUAAAUAAUAUUAUAGCAUAUUUUCUGGUUGGGGAGCAGUCAUUUUGAAGUGCAGUGUUUCUGCGAUCUGGCGGAAGCGAAAGUCAUGCUAUUUUGUUGAAUUGUUUUAAAUUAAACUUGACGGCGGUGUCAUACGAUAUGAUUAGAACUAGUAAUAUUAAUUUGAUCUCACGCUUCGUACCAGUAGCAAGCGCGAAUAAUGUCAGCGAUGACCACAAUGACAGCGCUGCACCUGCAGUCAAACUCUGACGAGUCUGGAAAACAGUCAAGGAACACACUCGCUUAGGGUAGUCUUGGGAUUGCCCGGUUCUUGUAUUCUGGGUUUUUUUCUGGGUAUUUUGUUUUGCAUACUGUAGUAACUCACGACCCCUCCGUUGCGUGUGCUCGAGUGAUCCAUUUCUUAAGCUGUACAUAUAUUUAAUUCCCAAGUCGUCUGAAAAUGUGGACCGUAUCGCCACCCUUUUUUCCCCUGCUCAUAAGUUUCUGUAGCUCGGCCCUGGGCUUUCUAGCGACCUUGAAGCUGAUCCCAGCCUUCAAGGAGCAUUUCAUAUCAGCCAGACUGUCCGGGGUGGAUCUGAACAAAGUCAUAAAGAGGGAAAUCCCCGAGUCCCAGGGAGUGAUCAGCGGAGCUGUGUUCCUCAUCAUCCUCUUCUGCUUCAUCCCUGUACCCUUUCUCAGCUGCUUCGUGGAGGAGCAGUGCAAGCGCUUCCCUCAUGACGAGUUUGUGCAGCUGAUCGGCGCCCUCCUGGCCAUCUGCUGCAUGAUCUUCCUGGGCUUCGCGGACGACGUGCUCAACCUGCGCUGGAGGCACAAGCUGCUGCUGCCCACCAUGGCCUCCCUGCCCCUGCUCAUGGUCUACUUCACCAACUUCGGCAACACCACCAUCGUGGUGCCCAAGCCCUUCCGAGCCCUGCUGGGACUGCACCUGGACCUGGGUAUCCUGUACUAUGUGUACAUGGGCAUGCUGGCGGUGUUCUGCACCAACGCUAUCAAUAUCCUGGCCGGGAUCAAUGGGAUCGAGUCAGGCCAGGCGCUCCUCAUAUCCGCCUCCAUCAUCCUCUUCAACCUGCUGGAGCUCAACGGUGAUUACAAGGAUGACCACAUUUUCUCUCUCUACUUCAUGAUCCCUUUCUUCUUCACCACUCUGGGUCUGUUCUACCACAACUGGUACCCCUCUUCUGUGUUCGUGGGAGAUACCUUCUGUUACUUUGCGGGGAUGACCUUUGCCGUGGUGGGGAUCCUGGGCCACUUCAGCAAGACCAUGCUGCUGUUCUUCAUCCCUCAGGUGCUGAACUUCCUGUACUCCCUGCCUCAGCUCUUCCAUGUGGUGCCCUGCCCCCGGCACCGCCUCCCCAGGCUGGAUCCUGCUACAGGGAAGCUGGGGAUGAGUUACUCCAAGUUCAAGAGCAGGGAUCUCUCCAAGCUGGGAGAGCUGCUACUGAAGGUGGCGGCAGCGCUGCGCGUGGUUGAGGUGCGCCGAGGGCUGGAGGAGGACGGGGAGUUCAUGGAGUGCAACAACCUGACGCUCAUCAACUUCGUGCUGAAGCUGAUCGGACCCACUCACGAGAGGACUCUCACUGUCAUAAUGCUGCUGAUCCAGGUGCUGGGCAGUGCCGUGGCUUUUGGGAUUCGCUACCACCUGGUCAGGCUGUUCUACGAUGUUUAAUGAAGCUUGAAGACCUUCAUCAAGACGGGGGGAGUGGGGGGCUUAUUAAUUCUUUCUUUUUUUAAUUCUCGAUUAUGUCUGCACUUUUUUUUUUUUUUUUUUGGAUUGAGUGGUGCAGUGUCCCUGUGAGUUUCAGAUCCUGGUUUAAAUGGGGAACCCCUGCAAAGACUCUCUUGUCACCCAGUUACUGAAGAUUGGCCGAUCCCAGUGAAACCAAUAGGAAUGGAAACCAAUGACUCUCGGAUCCCAGUUCUCCACUUCAGAACCUCAGAAUUCAGAAUGGGCUGGAGGUUUUCACCCCCACCCCCCAGCAGGAGAGAAGGGGGAGGGAGAUCUGGUUUUACUGCUUGCUGUGUACAGAACAUUUGGAGAUAGUUAUAGAGAAGAGUCUGCUCUCAGCUCUUGUGGACCUCAAUGAAGACCAGUACAUACUGUGAACUGGAUUUAGAUAUAGAUCUCAAAUAAUAAUGUGUUUUAACAAGAUUUCAUCAUGGAUGCUGUGUUGAUUCACAAGCUUUAACUCUGUGUUCCAGGUUCUGAGGAAUCACACGGUGCCCUUUCUCUUUGUCAAAGUGAGGAAAGGCAUGUUACCUAGUGUCAGCUGCAUGGCAAUAAAAAACAGGAAUGCCAGGACAUUGUUCUUCUUUGUCAUCUUUCCCAUAUAUAUAUAUAUAUGACCCCAGGGUUCUGGAACAUAGAUUCGUUAUUUACGGUACCAGUGGUAUUUAAAUAAAAAGUUUUUUAUUUUUGUUUUGUUUUUUUAAAAAAACAUUUAGAAUCAUCUUUAAAGGGAAAGUAUUUUAACCACAAUGUUUUUAUUUUUUUAUUUUGACUUCAUUGUUUUUUUUUUUUUUUCCUUACCUGAUUGAUAGCUACCAAAUAGCUGCCAAAACUGAAAGCGACUGUAUACCUGUCCAGCACACACACCCAUUACCUGGUGCAGGCAUGAGAAUUACUUAUGUAAAUGACAAACUAGGCUGUUUUUACUGUAGUAGAUGAGCUAGAUUAUUUAAUCAUUCUGUAUUGCGAGCUUGUGAUUAUUUAAACGAUCAUAAAAUAAAGAUUUAUACGCAUGCACGCAUGUGUACAGUUU